UCCUCUUUUGUCCACAAGCAGUUGUCUUAAGAGCGGAAAGAGCUCUCAAAUGCUGUGGCAACUUAGGAACUCAGUAGAACAAUGGAUUCCCGUUCUGAGGUAGAAAAUUUGGAUGAAGAUGGUUAUACUCAAUUAGACUUCCGCUCUCAAGGCAUCACUGGGAGACCUGUGGUCUUAGAGAAAGCAACUUCUGCUACAUCUCCUCAUUGGCGUCCCAUUGCUGUGACUUUGGGAAUCCUAUGCUUGCUAAUACUGGUGAUAGCUGUGAUCCUGGGUACCAGGGCUAUUUGGAGAUCCAAUUCAGGGAGCAACCCAUUGAAGAAUGACAGCUUCCCAUCAAGAAAUAAAGAGAACCACAGUCAACCCACACAAUCAUCUUUAGAAGACCAUGUGGCUCCUACCAAGGCUCUCAUAACCACAGGAGCUUUUUCCAGCUCUUGUCCUCCUAAUUGGAUCAUACAUAAAAACAACUGUUAUCUAUUUAGCACAUCAUUAGCUUCCUGGAAUAGAAGUAAAAGACAGUGCUCUCAACUGCAUUCUAACCUCCUGAAGAUAGACAGUGCAGAAGAACUGGAAUUUAUAGUAAGGCAAAUGUCUUCUCAACCUGAUAAUUCAUUCUGGAUAGGGCUUUCUCGCCAUCAGACUGAAGGACCAUGGCUCUGGGAGGAUGGCUCAACGUUCUCUUCUAACUUGUUUCAAAUCAGAAGCACAGAAACCCAAGAAAACUCAUCUCACAGUUGUGUGUGGAUUCACCUGUCAAUAAUUUACGAUCAACUUUGUAGUGUGCCCUCAUACAGUAUUUGUGAGAAGAAGUUGUCAGUAAAAUGAUGGGGGGGUGUCAGUGUGGAAGAGCAGACAGAAGUAUGUAAAAUAAUAAGAAGGGCAGAAAACAAAACAGAAAAGAGAGAUAUUUGAGGUCUAAAUAACUGCUGAAAAUAUCAAGAGAGCUCAGCCAACUUUAAUCUUAGAUGAGAAUGGAGAAGCUAUGAUUCUGAACUUACCAACUUAAAUGGCAGACCAGUAUUAGGUUCUAGUUAAUAGAGCCCUAGAAAUGGAGUCAAGUCAGCUGAACUUAAAUCUUCAUUCCACCACUGACUGACCUAAUAUUAACAUGGAACUGGCCAUAAAUCUUUGGUGUUUCAAGAAGAUCUUUAUUUCUGGGUCUACUAGAGUUGCUUUUUGUCCUUAAAAAAUGCCCCUGGAGUACACACGAUGUGUUUCCAUGAUAUGUUCCUCCAUGUCUAAUAGUGUAUCAGACACAGGUGGAAGGCAAAAUGUAUUUUUGAAUAGCAAAAUGAGGGAAAAAAAAAUCUUCACUACAAUCAGAGCUAUUUUAUUAUUUUGUUCAUCAAUAUGGUUAUGAUCAAAAAACAUCAUGAAAAAGCAGCAACUCCAUCUCUUUUUUCCCCUCAGUUAAAUAGCCCAGAGAAUAUGUCUGCCACAUCUCUGAGUAAUAGGAUCUUGUAUAAUGUGAAAUAGUAUGGUAACUGCUCUUAUAAGAAAGUGUUGUCCAUUGUAAAUAUUAUCAAUCAAAAAAGAUCUGGUAAUGAAUAUAGAAAAAAAAAUAAUCCAGGGGCCUGGGUGGCUCAGUUGGUUGAACAUCCAACUCUUGAUUUCGGCUGGGGUGGUGAUCUCGGGAUCCUGAGACUGAACCCCGUGUCAGGCUCC